CCCCUCGGCGCGCGCCGGCGUCCCGCCCCUCGCGCGUUCCCGCGCGGCCGGAAGUGAGCGCGCCGGCAAGAUGGCAGCUCCGGUGAUCCAGCUGCGGGCUCUUUGCCGUCUGUGUCGUGUGGUGCUGUUCCUCUCACAGUUCUACAUCCUGUCGGGCGGCGGGUCCUUCAGCGAGGAGCCCUCGCAGCCGCUGCCGCAGGCCAUCAAGGACCCGGGCCCCACACGGACCUUCACUGCGGCGCCCAGGGCGGCAGAAAGUACCGAUAUCCCACCUUAUGUGAUGAAGUGUCCGAGCAAUGGCCUGUGUAGCAGACUUCCCGCAGACUGUAUAGAUUGCAAGACCAAUUUCUCCUGUGUCUAUGGGAAGCCUGUUACUUUUGACUGCACAGUCAAACCUUCUGUUACCUGUGUUGAUCCAGACUUCAAAUCCCAGAAGAGUUUUGUCCUCAACAUGACCUGUAGGUUCUGCUGGCAACUCCCGGAGGCUGACUAUGAGUGCUUCAGCUCCAGCAACUGCAGGGCGGUGUCCUGCCCUCGGCAACGCUAUGCAGCCAACUGCACUGUGCGGGACCACAUCCACUGCCUGGGUAAUCGCACUUUUCUGAAGAUGCUCUAUUGCAACUGGACUGGAGGAUACAAGUGGUCCACAGCCCUGGCUCUGAGGCCUGUUUGCUGUUGCAGCAUCACCCUCGGUGGGUUUGGAGCAGACCGCUUCUACCUGGGCCAGUGGCGAGAAGGCCUUGGCAAGCUCUUCAGCUUCGGGGGCCUGGGAAUAUGGACGCUGAUCGACGUCUUGCUCAUUGGGGUUGGCUACGUGGGACCAGCGGAUGGCUCUUUGUACAUUUAGCUGCAGUUACAUGCUUCAGAGAGGAGUGGAGCUUAGCAAAUAUGCUUUGCCUGUGGGAAUCCACAUGCUUUGAGGGACUUGUAUGUGUGUUUAAUGUACAGCAUCUGUACUUUGCCUGCCUUGAUGAAGGUAAAAUAAAAAACAAUGAACCAUG